AUGAUUUUCUGGGUUCUGUUGACAGAGUGGGUGUUUGUGGCUGCGGUGGCUCUGGGCUCUGUGCUCUUCUUGUUGCUGGUGGGGGUCUGUUGGUGCCAGUGCUGUCCUCACUCGUGCUGCUGCUACGUCAGCUGCUGGUGCUGCCCGGACACAUGCUGCUGCCCCCGACACUUGUAUGAAGCAGGUAAAGGCAUAAAAACAGGCCCCUCCACUCCAAUCUACCCUCCAUAUUUUGUCUCUGGAGUCCCAGCCAUGGUCCCCAUUGCUCCCCCCUCUCUGGUUGAUAAGUCCUCUGUGUCUGUACCUCCGUCAGAUGCCACUCUAGUUACAGUUCCGAUUCAUGCAGUGAGCGCCCCCUACUGCGUGCCUUCAUACACGGAUCAGAACUCUCUCAGGGUGCUGCAGUAUGUAGAGAAACAGCUGGCCCAUUUCAACCCGGCCAGGUCCACGAGUCACCACUCGAGCAGCGCCUCUGAGCUCAGUUCUCUUCACGAGGGAGAAAACAACAGCAACUUUAGAAAAACGUUCAGAAAUGUCCAGAAAAAAGCAUUACCGGCUAUUCUCGAUGUGGAUUCAAACGUUGAACCUGCACCACAACGUCCCCAUGACAACCUGCCUGCACCUCAACGCUACCACAACAACCCAACGUCACCACGGCGCCAGCACCAUGACAACCCACCAUCACCGCAACGGUACCAUGAUGACUCUCCAUCACCAAAGCGCUUCCAUGACAAGCCCCCAUCACCACCACCACCACCACGUCACCGGGACAGUCCACCCUCGCCCCCCCGAAUCAAACCGUCCUCUCCUCAGCACUACCACCACAGGCCGCCGUCGCCACAGCGUUACCGUAACAACCCUCCUUCACCCGAGAGUCACCGCGAGAGCCCUGCCUCAUCACACCGUUACCAAGACAACCCACCACGGCAUUACCAAAACAACCCACCCUCGCCACAGAGGUAUCGAAAGGACCCACCGUCACCGCAAAGGCAUAGGAAAGACCCCCCCUCUCCAAAACGGUACAGGGAUGAACCAGACUCAGAGUUGUACUUCAAACAAGAGAAACCUCUGGUCCAGCGAAGGUUCAGCGAUGACCCCCCAGACCCCUCCCAGACCCGGAGACCAGGGACCAAACACCAGCCAAACCACAGAGACCAGGACCAUCAGAGGUGGAACCCGCGUUCAGAGCAUCUACAGAGAAAGUCUUAUCGCUCUGGUGAACGGACUGUGUCUCUGGAUGAGCUGGAGGAGUUUGCUUUUUCAUAUUCACAAAGAAGAGGAAGAGGCGCGGAGAGGGGAGCAGAGGACAGGACAAACUAUGAGCUCCAGGAGUUUGGUCAACACAAUACUUAUGAUAAUGGAGUUACACAGCAGUAUUAUACCAAUGAAACCCACAUGGGACAGACCAGUGACCAUGAAGACUAUCCCAGGAGGAAAAACAGAAGGGACAUUAGCCCUCUAACAUCCCCUAAAAAGAGAAGAGGAACUUGGGACACUGAUCGCCCCGUACCCCCUCCUCCAAAAGUCAGUCCCCCAUCCUCUUCCUCACAAGAGAAAGACUAUGACCCCACUUUUUUGAAUAGCCUUCUGGAUCGCAAGGCUAAGCUACGAGGGGUUAGCCAAGAGAAGGGGGCGUCAAGGGGAGACGGGGGGUCAGACACACCCUCCAAAAGCAGCGGAAACCAGGGCAGCGGGGAGACACAUAGACACUCCCCGAAUAAUAGGCCAGAUGGAGACUCACUGCUUUACUCAGAUACAGAAAGAAACAGGAAUCAAAGUCCACCAUGGAGAUCUGUCCCGGGGAACAGCGGGUCCUCCCAGUCGUCUGCUCUGGUUCAACCUGGACGCAGAGAAGAAACAAGGGAAAAGCCAAGAAAAAUGAACACCCUCCUGAGCCGGGACUCCCUUAUUGUCUGAUAGGCCAUAAACUGCUGGGACUGACUUGACAAUGACACUUGGCUCUUGAAUGAGGCUUUAUCCAUUGAGACUGUAAAGAUGAAGUCACCAGGGGUCCACUCUCUCCUCGCCCUGUCUCUCGUCUCUCAGGGCUGGACCAGGACUUAAGUGGACUCUGUGUGUGACCUGGACUGUCCCCUCAGCAGGACAGACCGAGGCCAGCAGUACAAUGGGACAAUGAGAGGUUCUGAUGUAACAAGCCUUUUCCGCAGUGAUGGAAAUACAGUAUAAGGAAGAGGUUUUGUUCUAGAUUUUUACUUACAGUCUGGAUUGCAAGGUAAAGCUGCAAUAUGUAACUUUUCUGGUUGGGUGUCCACUACCUGCUUGUUUCCAUGGAGAUAUUAUUGUUUUGCCCAGAAUGUUUUACAGUGUAGGAUUAAACAUACAGUAUCUAUCUUGGAUCAAAUCAAUUAGUUUAUUGUUUAAAAUACCUUGAGAAGAGGGUUACCUCUCCACAGAUAUGACAUGUAACUUGGCCUGUUGAUAUCACCUGCUUGUCUUUAAGAAGAUAUAAGUUUAAAGUCGAACUAUGUAACAUUCCAGGCAUUGUACGCAGACAGACCCCCACUAGAAAAGUUUCAUAAUGCAGCUUUAAUCUUAUUAUAUGUAGCUAAAUGAAAGGUUACAGCUGACUUUGUAUUCAAAUUGUACUUAAACAUUUUGUAUUUUGUAGUAUUUAUGCUUGUUACUCUUGUAUAUCUUUACAUCGCCACUAACUAGAAUGAGCAUUGUUUUGCGCUAAAGAUUUGAAGUCACAUAGAGUAGAUCUGGGAAUUCUUACAUCUGUUUAACAAUGUUGAAACUAUCACAAUAAUAUUAUAUUAAUAAUUAUGCAUUUCCAGGAACUGUCUUAAAAAAUCUUACCUGUUCAGAAACUGUAUUUUUCUUAAAUGUACUGUUGAAGUGUUGAGUUUACAGCUCAGUUUGCUGCCUCCUGGUGGCCACAGAAAUAAUACUGUAUUGUUUGUAAUGUAACUGCUAUAUGGGUCAAAUGAAUUCCUGGCCUCCAUUCUCCUCUGAAGCAGGUGUGGCUGGCCAGGCUAGUUAAAUAAUGCAGCACAACCAAAAUGUGUUUUAUAAAUAUUAGUGUUUAAAUUUUUAAACAAAAGUAAAACUUUUGUAUGUUUUGUACUUUUAUUUUUUAUAGAACAUUAACAUAUUUAUGUUUGUCCCACAUAUGAUGUAAAUUAUAAAUCUCAUUGUUGUUUCGCUUUUAAUAUUGACUUUAAUUUUGACUUGUUUGCAUUUGUAAAUUAAUCAUAGCUCACGGUGUACACAGGAUCCAUGUUUGAUAAGUUUCUUAUCACCAUGUUUCCCUUAUCUUUUGUAUAAACUGUAAGUUACAAGUUUGUAUUACAGAUAAAAUUGGUUAUUUUUUAGAUAACGUUUUGAUAUUGUUCAUUACACUGACAGUGUUAACCACACAUUACACAGCACUGUGUGAAAUAUAGCAACAUCUAAAUUUACACUUCUGUUUUCUGUUGUUUAAAAUAUAUACAUGUACUUGUAAAUUCUUUACUUUAUAUUUGACUUAAUCCAUUUCAUACAUACAUAAGAUUUCCCAGUGACCCUCUUAUAUGUCCCUGGACCUCCAUUUGAGAACCACUGCUUUAACACACUUAAGCUGGUCCCUUAUCUCCUCUCGAGCUCCUCAUAUCAGUGUUUUGUUUCACUCCUGUUUCUGUUCAGGCUGAAUGAGACUUUCUGUAAAUGUCCCAGUGUCACUGCAGAUGACUCAUGCAGUGUCUUUGUCUAUUGUUGUUUUCACAGAUUCACAGUCUUUACUCUGCAGCUGUGUCAACCCUUACCUUUUACAUUUUUAUACACAACAUAGAUACAUUAUUUGCUCAAAUGGUGUCCUACUUUACUACUUUUAAAUGUUAUCACUAUCAUUAUAACAAUGCUCAUAAUAUUCUGUCUGACAGAAAGAGACCAGAACAAAAUAAUGUAAAAUAUUGCUGAUGAACUAACACAAUUUCACUAUAAAUGUAGUUAUUUUGAUUGAAACAAAAAUAAACAAAACGUGAUGAGUGAGAACAAGUUACCAAUGAAACUGUUAGCUUAUCAAACUACAGUUACCACACUAAACUCAUCAAGUGAAGCCUGGUGUUCAGGGGGAGAGAUGAGUUGGGACGGCGCCCACUCAGCCCCAGACUAUCUCAGGAAUGUAGUUGAGCAAUUUCCGCUUCAGGUACAUGAGAAACAUGGCAUCACAAUGGUAGCCUAUUAAUAGCCUAUUACUAAAGUGCAAAGAGUUGGCUGCUGGUGAAAUUGUUGAAGCCAAUUGUUGAUUAU